CACAUGCUACCAGAAAGAGCUCCAGGGCCUAAAUAUCGUCUUAAGACACUUGUCGGUCACAAAGAUCAUUGUAUUUCAAGAUAUCGAAACCCAGCAUAUACGUUUGGAGGUCGUCGUGUCAUCUUCGAAGUGGCAAAAAGUCCAAGACCGAAGUACAUGAUCAAAGAACAUAGACCCAAGGGAUUUACCUUUGGACAUACCUUAAAACAUCGUGACAUUGUAUUCGGACCUGGUCCAAAAUAUAUGUUUCCCGAUGUCUCUUAUGGGCCUCUUUAUUCAGUCAAAUGGAGAACUAAAUUUAGAAAAACUAGUGAAACUCCAGGACCUUAUUACGUCAAGCCUAUUACUGAUAUGCCAGCGUUUUCCAUAGGAUUACGCACAGCUGCGAAGAAGCCCCAAAUUAGCGCAGGUCCCUAUUCGUACAGUUUGGAUGCAGUGAAACCAAGAGCACCGAUGUAUACUAUUGCUGGUACUAGACGUGCAUUACAGUUAAUUUCCGAAAGUCCAGGUCCGAUAUAUGCUGUUCUGCCACCUAAAUCGACUCUCGCUUUUUCAUUCGGCGUAAAACAUAGCGAAUGUGUGCCACCCUACAUCACUAAAUGCGACGAACAGUGCUAA